AUGACUGUGUCUCAGGAAGUUGCGUCGUGGAAUUCUCCCUCGCAUAUUCAAACCUCGCAACCACCGCAAAUUGGUGAUAAAGCACCAAAUUCCCGGCAUUUGAUGUUUCCAGCUGAUAAUGGAUAUCCAACCAUAUUAUCAUUCCUUCGGCACUGCGGGUGUCCAGUCGCUGAAGUAGCGUUCCUUGAAACGCGUACUGCGGCCGCUCAGCACCCAGAUAUCAACUUUGUCGCUGUAUCUCACAGUGAUCAGCAGUCAACUGAGAAGUGGCUGAGUGCUGUUGGUGGUGCCGGCUCUGUCACUGUUAUUGUUGAUGCCGACCGUGAGAUCUAUGCAAAGUGGGGGUUGGGUGUUGUCUCCUGGAGUCAUGUUCUCAGUCCAUCGGGAAUGCUAGCAGUCUUCAAGAUGGGGAAGGACAAGGGUAUCUGGAAUCGACCAACGGAAAGUGGCAGCAGAUGGCAGUCUAGUGGGUAUUUUGCAGUUGACGAGAGGGGCUACGUGCGAUGGGGAGGUCCUGCGGCCACGGUUGAUCAGGUGGUUGAUACUGCAGAGGCCAUUGAUGUUCUGCGAAGGUCGCGCCAGGAUUAA